AUGUCUAUUCUUCCGCCGUUCAACUCCUCGGCUACACAGGUCGGCAUAUUUGAACUCUCCAACGUACUACCCAGUCCUAGAUGGUUGGAUUUCUUCAUAAAACUCAUACCAACAGAGAAGCUCCGCACUGAAUUAUAUCUCCUGUACUUCUUGCUCAAAGGCCGAGUUUAUAUCGGCAAUAUUUGGCAAAUAGUUGGGGAGUGGAUGUUAGAAGCGCAGAGGGAGGAGUCAUUGCGAAAUACUGCUGGGGGUUCAAUGUGCCCUAUUCCAAUCCCAGUUAUGCACAAUGUCACCUCAUUCUCAGCGACUCCGAGACGCAUUGUCGAACCUGCUGUGGCAUAUUCACCAGCUGCAUUGGCCUAUUCAGCCACUGUGCGAAACAAGUGUGAAACUUGGUUACGGAGACAAAAUACCGACCCCAUCUUUGAAAGUAACUCGCCCCUGAACAGCUCUACUCUUUCAGCUGUUGAGCAAUUCACUUAUACACCACUAGAACAACAAACACUGUUCUCUGUAAAGUUCAAUGGUCCUCCCUUUUGUUUGCUGAGCACAUGGAUCACCACUGGUGUCCAAGAGACCUUCGAUGAAGCACGCAAAGUGGAACUAACUACUCAGGCGAGACUAAUGGCAUCAUACCUUGACAUCGACGGCUACCAUACUCAUCAUCACAAUGCUCAGUCAGAGCUAAUCUUCUUACAAGCAAAGCUGUGCCGGGCCCAAGCUGAGGCAGAAGCUUGUGCACUGGCCAUUGAAAAUGCCCCUGCAUCUAAUUAUUCUGAUAGCGGUGGGCUCACAUUGUUACAGUCACUACAAGGACUUGAGACCCCUUCUGCCUGUAAACCGCUAUCAUCGCUCGCCUCCGCAAGCGUACGCAACUUCCGCUCUUCUGUGGAAGCCGACCUCGGACUCUCAGCACGAGAUAUCACUGUUGUGAUCGUCGCUGUUAGAUCAUCCCAGUCCGCACGCGACUACCGUCAGUUCUCUUCGCCCCCACGCCCAACUCUCCCACCACUUCUACCGGAGGAAGUGCGUUGCUACAAGGAGUACAUGAAUGCCGAAUCAACUGAUGAUCGCUCUGAUUCCAAUGUCUUGUGGUAA